AUGGACGGCAUCGAUCAUGCUCCUGACCCUGCCCCGGUCGGCAGCAGCCCGCCGCCGGACUGGACGCUCUCCCACGUCGGCGCGUCGGGCAUCACGGCCGCCGGCAUCGUCUUCCUGUUCCUCUACCUAACCGGCCGCUUCCUCUGGCUGUACAACAAGGAGGCCGCCGCGAGCGCCGCGGCCGCAUCCCCCUCAUCGUCCCCGGCAGCGGCUCCGUCGACACUGCCGAUCUCGCGGGGCGUGCCGCUGUCGCUGCUCCCGGUGUUCGUUCCCGUGGCGUCAGCCGGCGCGGAGAGGGCGGAGUGCGCGGUGUGCCUGGCGGAGUUCGGGGAGCGGGAGGCCGGGCGGCUGCUGCCGCGGUGCGGGCACGGGUUCCACGAGGAGUGCAUCGCGACGUGGCUCCGGGUCAACACGACGUGUCCGCUCUGCCGUGCCCCCGUGGCUACCAAGUAA